AUGACCGAACAGAUCCCGUUCCAUAGGACGUCAACCGUAAGACGUACGGUAAACCGAACCGGAUCUGUUGGCCCCGGGGAUAGUGUCGGUGUGAGUGCACUAGCCGCCUCCACUGCGUUACAACAUCAGGCUAGUGUUCGAAGAACUUCGGUUAUGCAGCGGUUUGUGGGCGAAAUUGAAUUCACUGGUUUAAAUCAAACAGCAAAAUUCUGCAAACUGGAUGGAAGCACAACCGAUCAGGUGAUACGUGACUUGCUCAAACGAAAAUGGGGUUUGAAGCCACCCACAUUGAUCAUCACAGUGUUUGGAACGGAUUUCGAGAAGAAAAGAAAACUAAAGAUGAUCUUCAAGAAAGGGUUGUGGAAAGCUGCUGAAAGCGGUUGCUGGAUCGUAACCGGUGGGUUCCACUUGGGCGUGAUGAAACUCACAGGUGAGGCUGUGCGUGAUUACACAGACGCCUACGGUGGAAAUCGUAUGAUGGCGUUUGGUGUGGCCAGCUGGGAUUGUGUGACCAAAAACGAAAUAUUGGAAGCUGCAUUGCACGAGGGCACAGCUGUUUAUCAGUCAGAAGAGGACGAAGAAGAACAGGACGAGAGUGAUCGCGGUGUCGCGGGGCCUGGUGGGGCAACGGGAAAUAAAACUGUCCGAAGUGAUGUGGAAGAACGCGCAUUGGAUCCGAAUCACAACUUUUUCAUUCUAGUUGACAGUGGUGUAUCGGAUCAAGCCAAAGGCAAAGAAGCGGAAUUGCGCGCGCGGUUCGAGCGAUGCAUUUCACAAUGGAGUUGUGCCACACCGGCACUGGAUCAGAGUAUGGGUGGAACGGGGGGCGCUGGAGGAACUGCACCUACAUCUGCCGGCAUCACUUCAAGCACCCAACUCCAGCAGCAGACUCAGUCUGGAAGUAAUUUGAAUAACCAGUCGUCCACUCUGUUACAACGAGAGGGCAGUACUCGCGUAUCUGUAGCACCACAACCUGGUUCUGGGGUCAAUCUAAGUUCGAGUUCGGUGGGUAAAACCCAAGUUGCACCAGGAACGGUUUCCUCCACAGCACUGGCAACCCAGCGCACGGCUGCUGAGCAAAUUUCCGCCAGUCAGGGAACGGGAAUGCGUACUGCAGGCGAGAAAAGCCUGCCGGACGUUAGCAAACCACAAAAGUCCGGAAAAUCGGUGGGGAGUGAGGAGGAAGUUCUGGUACCGAUGUGUGGUUUGGUUGUCGGGGGAGACAGAUUCACGUUACGGCAAGUAUAUUGCUCCAUGAUACAAAACCGCUGUCCGAUUGUCGUGACAAAGGGUACUUCUGGUGCCGCUGAUGUAAUAGCGUUUGGUCUGGACGCCGCAAACAAAAUGGCGACCGAAGAGGCGGUGGAUGACAAGGAGCCAGUUCCGUUGGAAAAUCGAAUCGAAUCAAUUAUCGAAGAAUUCCUUAGUGACAUGCACCCGGAUUGUUCAAACUACACGGAAGAAGUGAACAUGCUCAGCGAGAUUAUCAACGAUUACAGCAAUCUGGUGUCGGUAUUCGAUAUGGAAGAAGACUCCGAUCUCGAUGGUUAUGUGAUCUCGUCGCUGCUGGCCAGUGCGGGGUCUACGGUUGCGUCUGAUCAGAUCAACUUAGAACAGCUAGAAAUUACGUUGACCCUGAACAGAGCUGACAUUGCUCGAGAGAAAAUAUUUCUUGAGAAUAAAAAGUGGAAGAAAGGUCAACUGAACGAUUACAUGUACCACGCGUUGAUGAGUGACCGUCACGACUUUGUCAAACUCUUCCUCGAACAAGGUUUUAGUUUGGAAGAAUUUCUCACCGUCUACAUGCUGGAAAAACUGUAUACGGAUCAGUUGAAAAAUCUGCAAAGCUCUAAAGUGGCACUUCGUGAUGUGGGCAAAGUGAUCAAAGCACUGGUUGGGGAUUUCUAUCAUCCGCUGUAUUUGAGCAAAGAAUUCCAAGCGAAACUGAUGCCAGAUAAACAACUCGAAGGCGCCGUCCGAGACAAGCUGCUCGGAUCUCGUCGCAGCCGACCUAGCCAUGAUUCCGGUAGCCAGUCGGAUAGCACGUACUCCAAUGCCGGGGCCAUCAGCCCACGAACUUUGGGUCUGAAAGAACGUGUCCGAUUUAUCGACCACGGGGAUGAGGGCAGUGUGGAUGGGUUUUCUGAUCCACCCGGACCUGACUCUGGGUUUCAGAAUCCGGCAUUUCUUGAACUGGACCAACAGCAGCAGCAUUUAUUGUAUCAUCGCUAUCAACAAGAAGAACACGAGGAGGAGGAUGUAGAGAAGGAAGAGAGUAAGGCUGAAGAUGUGAUCCACAAAUGGUGCAUGUUUAGCUACGGCCAGACUGCACGGAACGCUAUCCGGCGAGGUGCUACCAGUGGUGAAGCGGGACCAUCAGAUCUGGACGAGGCUGAUAAAUCCAGACCUGAGACCAAUGGAAAGGCACAAAGAGGAGUAAAAGGGGGACCGUUGCGCCAAGACAGUAAGGACUCAGAUGAGUUCUAUCCCAGUCGCGGUUUGCCUCGCAGUUCUACAACGGUGACCACGGUGAGUGGAGAGGUACUUCUGCCUGCGUCAAGUCCUAGCAAAGGAGCAGCAACACAUGAAGCGGGGUUUAGUCGUGGCAGAGCAUCCAGGGAUCGAACACAAGGAGGAGCUCCACCACCCUAUGAUAAUAAUGGGGCUGCCUCAGCAUCGUCUUAUGUCAGAUCCAAUGUUCACGUGACCGGUGUAAGGGCGGCCAGCCAAAAUCGAGCUGUGAACAAUGCGUCAACUCGUUUACGAUAUACACGUCGACGACCAUCUUUAGAGAACAUGUACGAUAUACCGAUCCCCGGUCAACCACUGGUCUACAACGCCACCGUUGCCAAUGUGAUGCGGGUGGGUCACGAAUCUCGAGGUACUUACACCAGUUUGGGACCGGGGCAUGUACGCAUGACCGGCCGCGCCCCGCUAGCACAUGACCCAGUCACAUCGGCCGAAGCAUCUAGUGUGCGAGUCUCUCUAGGUCAAGUGAGAAACGAGCAUUUUCGCGGUUCACCAGAUAACGUGGCCGAACAUCAGAUUGCUACAUACACACCCCGCCACUGCUCAGAAACCUCACACUCUACGUUGGCCUUGGAUUUUACCGGUAAACCCAGUCGUUCUUGUCUGUCUGCCUGUUGGCACUGGUUGACAUCAACUUGUAGCCAUAUAUUCCGACGCAACAGACGCAAGGACGGGGAUAAACUGCGUAAUGUUAUGCAACAAAUGCACCAGCACCAGCAGCAACAACAGGGACAGGGGCAACAACCGGGAAUCAAAGGUCCCAGGGAGUUUGCUACUCUUCGAGCUAUGGCAGCCCUAGCCGCAGCCACGGCAGCUACGGCUGUGGCUGAUCCGACAAAGGCCGCGCAUGGAGAUGAAGAGCAAACGAAAGCAAUUCAGUUGGAUCGGCCAGCUAGAGAAUUACUGAUCUGGUCAAUUUUGGUCGGCAAAUUACGUAUGGCUGAGUUAUUUUGGACUAUGGAAAAGGAACCGAUCGCCGGAGCUUUACUCGCUUCUAUUCUACUCACUUCGUUGGGCAAUAAAACGGACGACUUCACGGACAAAGAGGAUUACCGGAGCUUUGCAAAGAAUUUUCAGGAACGCGCUGAAGGUGUACUAAAUGAAUGCUACCGCGAAGAUGAACAUCGAACUCAACUGAUAAUCAACCAUGAACUGACGUACUACGGUCGUAGCUCAGUGAUCAAGCUGGCAGCUGAGGGUCAAAGCAUCAAAUUCAUGGCUCAUCCUUGCUGUCAAGACUUUUUAACGAAUACGUGGAGUGGAAAUCUGUCUACAAAGAACAGUGUCUUUCGAUACUUUUUGGGCAUAAUAUGCGGACUGACAAUGCCGUUUCUCAUUCCAAAAAUCAUCCUUGCCAAACCGAAAGCUCAGCCAGUCGGCGAGGAAGAAGAGGCCACUGGACAUCCAGAAACUGCGCCAGCAACUACAGAGGAGCCAUCCACCACGACACUGUUGGGUGGAGGUAGUAUUGGCAAGCAGAGUCUCCGGAAAAGUUUUCACGCUAGUACAAGGGAAUAUUUUCAACAAAUUCGAGACUUCUACAUGGCCCCGGUAAUACGAUUUGUGUACAAUACGAUUUCCUAUGUAACAUUUCUGGCUCUGUUCAGUUAUCUGCUUUUGGUGGAUUUCAAGAUUGAAAUAUCCGUUGUUGAGUACAUUGUGAUUGCUUGGGUUAUCACGCUAUUCAUUGAAGAAAUCAAACAAGCUGUGCUAUCGGGAAUCAGUUUUUCCACCUACAUCUCAGAUGGGUGGAACAAACUGGAUUGCGCCGGACUGGGUUUGUUCAUAGUAGGUUUCAUACUCCGCCUGAUUGUUCUCGUUCGGACCGGGAAUGACCAGCCGUUGGACUCAGUGCACGAACGUUACUAUAUUCUAACGGAUCCGUUUCUCGAUGUGUCUCGGACUUGCUUGGCAAUCAGUCUGUUCGUGUUCUACACGCGUCUGAUGUACACCUUUAGCUUUCACAUUGCUCUCGGGCCAAAACUUAUCAUGAUCGGGAAAAUGGUCACAAACGACUUGAUCCCUUUCAUGAUCAUUUUGACGGUGAUCAUGGUCGGUUAUGCGGUUGCAGCUCAGUCUAUCGCGUAUCCAAAUGGAUUGUAUACAAAAGAGAACAUGACUUUGGGCACUGAUACCAAACAUAUGGGAUUCUCUGAUAUUAUAUUCGCCAUGUACACAACGUCGUAUUUUCAAAUGUUUGGUGACUUCAGUUUGGAUACACUUCAAGGAGAAGAUCGAAUGUGCCAAAAUCAAAUGUGUCCAACAAAAACCGCCCGAUGGCUUGUCCCAAUUAUGCUUGGAUUCUACGUGUUGCUGACCAAUAUCUUGAUGUUCAACUUGCUGAUUGCCAUGUUCUCAAAAACCUACGAAGAAAUAGAGAGCGCUUCGACUUACUAUUGGAACUAUCAACGCUACCAGAUGAUCAACGAUUAUGUACACCGCUCACCCUUGGUCCCACCAAUCAUCAUCUUUUGGCACUUCUAUGAGGCAUAUCGAGCAAUCGGAAAUCGAUGCGCCAGUCUAAGAAGUCACGAAAAUAUAAAGCACAAUCCAUUUUGUGUUCGCUUUACCGAUAUUAAAAAAGAAAGGGAGAUGGUCAAAUGGGAACAUAUGAAAGCAAUGGACUAUUUGCGAGAGCCCUCCACUAAGGCUAGUGGGAAACGAGGUGUGGCAGAAUCGCGGGCGGUUGUCUUUCGUGGUGGAGGAGCUGGCCCCGGGCAAGGCCCAGUUAUGGACUUGAAGAGUGAAAUGUCCAGUGUGACUGAGGGAAUCGGAAUGGAAUUGGAAAAACGAUUCAAAGAAAUUGAUAGUCAAUUUCAACGAUUCAACGAUGUGGAUUCUCGUUUAAAUGAUGUUACCCAAAUGCUGUCCAAUUUGAGCGAGGUUGUACGAUCGGUGACAGAAACACAGCAGCGAAUUAUCAAACAGAUCAGCGAGUUGCCCACGUGUCAGUGCAACGAGUUGAGUGAUGAGGUGAUCCCAGCCGCACCGGGUGAGACAGGAACCGCGUCUAGGGAGGUUCGCAAGCGGACGAAAUUGGAAAUAGCAGUACAGUCUGCUCUGGAAGCAGCUAAAGAUGUUCUCCGACCACCCACUCCCCCUCCACCACCACCUCCACCACCUCCACCGCCAAGAGAAUCACCGGUACUGUUAGCUGCCCCCAUACCCGGUUCAGAGGAUGACUCCAGCGGAUCGGAAGAAGGUGGGGAUCCGAAAUCAGAUCCCUUCACCGUCCCCGAUGUAACGGACAAUCGCACCGGUCGCGUCAUCGAACGAGUGAUUAACGCACAUCGGCUUUGGCGAAUUGCACCAUUUAAUUUUGAAAAAUACCCGGGAAUGAGAAUGAAUGUGCCACCGGAAAAAAUGGCCUGGACGACCGAAUAUCCAGACUACUUUGCCUACGAUGCAUGUGAAGAAGUGCUCCUGUUUCCAAACGAAGAGGCACAUGAUGGAGAGAAUGAAAAGUUGCGUAGCAUGAAUUUCAAUCAGUACGAUCCGAAGGCGAAAUUGCGACGUCAAAGUUUGCUCGGACGUUAUCGACUGGACCCGACCACUGGGGCCCCAUUAAAUCCGAUGGGUCGAACUGGGCUGUUGGGCAAAGGCCUGCUACCCCGUUGGGGCCCGAAUCACUCGAUUGUUGUCUGCAUCACACGCUGGUCGAGAGAUGCACGUACAGGAAAUCAGAUAACACGAAGCAAUCGCAGUGUGCUUCAGUACAUUGCCCUAGAACGGAACAAACGACUUUGCAUUCCAUGGUACUUGACGGAUCAUUCAAAUCAGUGUGAUUUUGAUGUCUGCGUACCGAAAUUGAUCAGUAGCUUCAUCACACGUCGGGCCAGAGCCAACCUACCAGAACGACGUGUGGACCGAUUGUUGAAGAAGUUGGACAAAGCUGAUGUGACCCAAAUCUUCAAGGGUUACUUGGACGAUCAACUGAAUGCAGACAGUGCGUGGACCGAGACCGUGGUAAUCAAUAUUCAUGAGGGCGGAAGUAAAGGAGCCUAUUUGAACGAUACGUUCCUCAAGAUUUUCAACGAGCCGAAUACGGGAGAACAGGCCCGAUGGAUGGAGGUCUCCCAGAGCAGCAAUCUCAGAACUAGCCACAACUAUAUUCUUAAAAGUGUGGCAGAAAACAAGAACGCAUUCUAUUAG